UUCAUUAAUAAAUUAUAUGCAUCGAAAGAAUUCGGAUCCAUUUGAAAUAGAGUCUUUGUUUCAACUAUAAAGCCAGGAGGAGCAAUUUAAUUAAGAAUUGUUUAAUGAAGAUAAUCUUUAUGAGUUAGAGGAAAAUAUCAAAAAUAAAAAAAUAGAUAAGGAAAUUAAACAUACUAAAAAUACUACUAAACAUAAUAAAAGUACUGUUAUAAUAAGCGGCCCAGAUAAAAACCUUCCUAAAAAUUCUAAGAAAAUAAAAAAAAAAAAAAACUUGAAUAAAACAAAUUAACAACUAGGCAAUAAUAAGCCAAAAAAUACAAAGGAGAUUUAUACGAUUCCUGGGGAAAGCAAAAACAUCCCAAAAAAUUUCACCAGUGCCUUAAAAAAAUUUAUCCUCAAUCAUUUUAAUCCUAGUGUAUAACAAAACCCUUAAAUUAUGGAGCUCUUAGGUACUUAACAAGAUAGGGCUUGCAAAUAAACCUUAGAGAAUUCUAUAAACAGUUGUUAAUUACUAAAAAACAUAGCUUAGAAGUUCUUUGGAAGCCUAAAAUGGGGAACUAUAUUUUUAGAAGAAAACAAGGCUGACCUAAAUGCAUAGUUCAGAUUCAACUAGAUCUGGUUUGAGUCAAGCAAUUGA